CCGGCACCUGCCUUAAUGUUGUGAUGUGACGUGGAGAGUAUAGAGAUUAUUAGAUUUAUAAUCCUGCUGCGUUAUAUUUAAUUAUAAAAUAAUGGCGACAAUUGUACGGCAAUGCAAUUUGGGUCAGUGUCUAAGUAACAUUGCAUUGGGAAUACUAUUGUGUGGUAUAAUAUUCUCACUACCAUCACUUAGUUUUGGCCAUAGUGAUAAUCCCAGCUUCAAGUAUUCAAGAGAGGCGAAUGAAAAUUUCGAUCCAAAAAAGGUUCCUGCUCCAGUGCACGAUCAUCAUGAUCAUCACCACCACCACAAUGACCAUAAUCAUGAUUAUCACCACCACCAUGACCAUCAUCAUCCCCAUUCGCAUGAUCACGCUCACGGUCACGAUCAUGAAGAUGAUCACCACCACCUUAGAGAAAAUCAUAAACAUGAGCAUCACCAGCAGAAAGCUAAAGCCCCACAAGAUAUGACAAGUAUUUGGAUACACUCUAUUGGGUCCACAUUGCUCAUUAGCGCUGCUCCAUUUGUGUUGCUUUAUACAAUUCGCUUAGACAAUAGUGAAGCAAUGAAGCCUCGUCUUAAAAUUAUAUUGGCAUUUGCAUCUGGUGGUUUAUUGGGGGACGCUUUUCUACAUCUUAUCCCACAUUCCACUCAUCCACAUAGUCAUGAAGAGCAUCACUCUCAUGAAGAAGCUCAUAGUCACAGUCAUGGUCAUGACCAUGAACAUGGGCAUGAUAUGAGAGUUGGUCUAUGGGUGUUGGGUGGAAUUAUUGCGUUCCUUGCAGUUGAGAAGUUAGUAAGGCUCUUAAAAGGUGAUGAGCAUGGACACAGUCAUGGUCAUUCACAAGCAAAAGAAACAAACGCGAAGCCAUCAAAAAAAUCUGAUCAAAAAACUGAUGCUAAAAAGACGGAUAAUCGCAAAGCUGUUAAAAAUGACAGUGAAACUAACGAGGUAAAAAUAACUGGAUAUUUAAAUUUAGCUGCCGAUUUUGCUCAUAAUUUUACUGACGGUUUGGCUAUUGGCGCAUCAUACUUGGCCGGAAAUAGUAUCGGAAUUGUAACAACAAUUACGAUAUUAUUGCACGAAGUACCUCAUGAAAUUGGAGAUUUCGCCAUCCUAAUUAAGUCCGGUUGUACAAAACGGCAGGCAAUGAUGCUGCAAUUGGUUACUGCGCUCGGCGCUAUUGCUGGAACUGCACUAGCUUUAUUGGGGGCUAGUGGUGAAGAUGGUUCUACGGCAUGGGUCCUACCAUUCACAGCAGGCGGAUUUAUAUAUAUCGCAACUGUGAGUGUGCUUCCCGAAUUGUUGGAGGAAUCCACAAAAUUAGGUCAGUCAAUUAAGGAGAUUGUGGCUAUGCUAAUCGGCGUUGGUUUAAUGAUUUUCAUUGCCAAAUUAGAGUAAACAUUAUACAUUGAAAAAAGAAAUGUUAUGCAUUGAAAUUUAUUUAGUAGCAUUUUUUUGUAAGCAAAAUGCAAAGUAAUAAACCCUUUUUAAUUAAUUAUUUUUAUCAUAAAUAAAAUCUUUGUACCGAAA